AUGGCGGGAAAGACGCAAAUGCUUCAACUCCUCCAGCGCAUACAGGAGACGUGCAAGCAACGUCUUGGGGCAUGUGCAGAAGAACAGUGGCCUGCAGAAGGUCCGGCACUGUCGCUUGCCACGCUGAUGCGUCAGCUCCGUGCCGAGGCGGGAGAGACGCCUGUGCGGUUGCCGCUUGGAGGCGCGCUGGCGGAGGCGGCGACACCGCCGAAGCCAUUGAAGCCAGUCCUCUACCUGACACCGGACGGUGCGCUUCGCCCGGCAUCGAUGCAGCGCAGGCCUGCGAAGCCGAAGCAGGCGUCGCCCGCACUGCACGUAGCGUCCAUGGCACCCGAGAGCUUGCAAGAAUCGCGGCGGGAAAAAUCAUCGCUGAGGGUGCGGGGGGAGUCAGAUUUUGGUGUUGCUUUGUGCGUCCCGUCGCCGUCUUUUAUGGCUCCCGUUGACGGCGCCACGGAGGCGCCGUUGCAGCAACCGUCUUUGCUUGCGGCCGCCGCCGAAAGCGGUCUCGUGGAGACAUUGAGCUGCGUGUGCGCUCCCACCACAGUGAACGCAGCGACCAAAGCAGAGAUCUUUACGUUAGAGGAACAGGCUGAGGCACUUUACACUAUCGUUUAUUUGGUAUUCCACGUCGGCAACAGCGGGUGCAGGGUGCGACCGGAUGAGUGUGCGGCCAAGCGAGGUGACAACGAGGAAGAGAGAUGCGGCACGUCGCUCAUGUGCAAAAUUGACCUUUUGCAGUUGACUGUGACGACAUGUGACCUCUUGAAACGCGUUGUGGAGCGGGCAUUUGGAGUUGGAGGGGAACCUGGCGAAGCAGAACGCAAAGGGAAGAAUGAGGAUGAGGGGGAUGUUCAAACGCAGCGUGCCCUCAUUGCCGUUUUCAACGCGAUUUUCAUUUUACUUGGCUGCAGGAAUCUACACCACUGGCAGGAUGAGGAUGCCUGGGAGCUGGGUGCGGCGGAGCUGCCGUUGAAGCGGCUCUCCUUUGUGCAAGAGAAAACGGGCCAAGAGCUUGACUGCUUCCUCUACUUUGACGCGGAUUCACCAUCGUUUCAGUUUAUGUUGGCGGCGCUCACGGAGAAAGGGCUGUGGCAGUACCUGCUGCGCCACGUGGCCUUUUCCGUCCUGCCGAGGUUUGGGGGGGCGUGUGAGGAGCACGCCUACCACGCUGCAGGAUCCAUCGCAGAGGAGGGGGCAGCCGACGUCUCAGAGCAUCAGCGGGCAGCAUGCACUUUUGGUGUGCAGCUGACACUUAAAAUGAUGACACUCCUGCUUCUGCGGGACGUCACCGCGGCACAGCGAGACCUCUCGGGCAUUUUGUACUGUCUCACCUCGGCAGAGGCAGAGGAACUGGAUACACGGUGGCAUCGUGUCUUUCCAAGGCCCAAUGAGGGGAAUCCCCACCACCAACUCUCUUCGCUGGAGAAGCAGCUUGUGUUUACGCUACAGCAGCUAUCACGCUUCUUGGUGCUUCGCCGCUUUGCGUGCUACGCAGCGAAUGCCAUGCAUGUCUUAUUGACACGUUUGCUAUUCCUGCAUGCACCCAUGAACGUUGACGAGCAUGCCGUUCUGUUGGGUAUGUUCUUUGCGGAUGGGCACUCCUCUUCUUUUCUGAUGCACGUGCCUGCAAUGACGCAUGAAACGACAAUGACGGAUUCCAUCCAUCUCCGUGAAGGCAAUACUUCUGCCUGUGACCACAACCCCGCAUCAGCGUUGGUGGUUUCCCACGUCCUUAACCACCUUCUGCAUCUCUUUUCGUUUAACCUCGCCCUGCAACGCAAGGAGGUGAGUCGUGUUACUCCGGCGAAACCGAAGUCCGGGUAUUGUACGGCCACAACAAGCACCGAACUUACCCUCGCCGCGGCACUUCUGUCAGUGGUGUUGUUGCUGGAAAAGAAACCGCGGCAACGCAGUGGGAAAGUGGAGGAGGAGCAUGGAUCUCCUCCUCCUGCGUGCGGUGGGAUGUCGGUUGAGGCGAUAAUGACACAGCACAAUGUGUACAGAUGCUGCGAGGAAUCGUCAGGGUUUCAGACGGCAGUGUCAGCCGGAUUGGGUCGAACCCAUCAAGUGAUUCUUUUUUUGUCUACUGUCACUGCCCAGAAGGACGAUGAACCCGUAUCCACGCUGCGUCUCGAAGGAACACAUUUAACGGCAUUUUCGCAUCUAGUUUGCCCCAACGCCCCUCUCCCCCCAUUCUUGAAUCGAAGGGCAGUGGAGUCGGAGGCAUGGGCGGAGACGCUCACCGUUGCUGUUUGCAGCACGGCCCCCAUCGCCAGCACUGUAGCUGUUCGGCGCAGGAAAGCAGAGACAAGUUUUUCUUGCACACUAGCAUGCCCAGUGCUCCCGGAAACUUUGAGGCGUGAGCUGGAGAGGUGCGAGGAUGUUGGACGCGGUGGAUAUGGCUUAGGUGAUCGAGUUUUGCAGGUGUAUGUGAAGUUGCCCCUGACGAAGGAGUUUACCGGUGCAAACAUGGCUAGUGGCGGCGGCGCCAAAGCUGCAGCUGUUGCCCAACUGGAGGAGUCCCCACCCCCAAUGUUUUUUGGGUAUGAGCCCAUCAGUUUCAGGGACGGUUUACAAGAGGGUAGAGGCGGCAGCAAUAAAAACAUCAAUAACGACAACACUGGUGGUGGAAUUGCCGGUGGGAAUGUGCUGUCAGCGCCCUUCUCCAGGGAGAAGAAGGGGCCGCUGUGGAGGCUGGGCACCAUCUUUGUGAAUCGUGAUGCUCCAAGGCAUACCCUAGUGGUGCACAACAUGUCAUGCUCCCCGUCGCCACAGCGCAGUACAAUGACGUACACCGCUUCUGUUGAUUUAACGAUCGUUAGGGUGCCCCGCGAAGAGGAUGACGAGGCUGAAGCAGACACAUGGCCCUUCGAUGCUGUCAUCCUUGCCUGUAGCACGAAGCACGGCGAUGAGCUUCAGCUCCUGUCGCAGCCGCCACAGAAAUUUAUUAUUUCCACACACAAGGGACAAGGAAGGGCCUCCUUAGAGCCGCGUAGGAGAAGCAACGAAAAGGAGGGCUCGAAGUCCCAGCACGAUCGCCGUCGAAGAGCGGCGCGGCAACGGCAGCGGCCAUCGCCGCCUUGGGAAGGACCCAAGCGAGGAAAAGUUCUGCAAUGCAGUGUGUCGCGUCGCGAAGGUGAGGCUGCCGCCACCACCACCGCUGCAGAAACUACCUCGUUGAUUGCUGCUACGGAGCAGCAUCCCCCGUCCGGCAUAGGGACGAGUUUACCCUACACGAAAAAAGGGUUGGGCGCUUCGAGUAGGAGUGGCCCGGAGGCGCAGGGGAGUUAUUUCUGCCGUGACAAUGGCAAUGACGAGCGCCAACGCCAACAACCUCCAUGCGAUGAUGACAAGAUGUUUACAGACCUUGAUGCCUACGUGGCCAGCAUAAAACCGGUUCAGGCGGUGGAUGUUGGCCUGCAACGCAUGGAGAAGGAAGCGGUGCUGCUGCAACAGCAGCUAGAGCAAUUGAAUGCACGUGAGGUGGCGUUGCAUCGACGACUCCAAGAAGUCACGGAGCAGCGUGAGGAACUGAUAAACGCUCUGGCAGACCGGCGUGUGGAGGUUGAGCUCUGCCACACAGAAAUUAUUGCUCCCCUGCGAAGGGAGGUGACACUGCUUCGCCACUCUCUCAGUUUGAGAAACCAGGAAAUGAGCUCUGUUAUCUCACUUUGCCACACACUGCGGAGCGAAAACGAGUCCAUGGCCGAGGUUAUACGUGGCAUGCGCAUUAGCUUAGAGGGUUUGGCACAAAAUGCAGAGAAGUGUAAAUAA